AUGUUAUUGAUACGGAUAGAAAAUAUCCUGAACAGUUCUGAUUUACUUUUCGUAUUGGAGACCAUAAUUGUUGUCUGGUUUGCUGCCAGCAUCACCGUCGUUUUCUAUCAUGAAUGGGCCAAAGUCAGUAUACCAAGGAUUGGGAAGAAUCCAUGGGUCUCGGGUCUUUGGCGGGCUCGUGCCGAAUUCUCGAAACAUGGAAAGGAAUUAACCAAAGAUGGCUACGCCCGAUACAAGAACUCUAUGUACCGGGUGCAAACCGGGGAUAUGGAACGACUGGUCCUGUCUGUUCGAUUCCUGGACGAACUACGAAGAUUUCCUAACUCGAUACUCGAUAGCCGAACAGCUGUUGUCGAGAGGAAUCUAGGCUGGUACAAUCGCGUCGAUAUUAUAUUGAAGAGUACAACCCACGUCGAUGUCUGCCGCACUCAACUGAUCCAAAAUCUUCCUCAAGUGAUCAAUGAUCAAGCAAAGGACCUUGAAAGAGUUUUUCAGCUUGAACUCGGCGCCUGUUUUAAAAGUAGAGAAUUUCAUUUCUUCAAUGCCGCUGAGACAUUUUUGAAUAUCGUUAAUCGAAGUAUGGCUAAACUUCUGGUUGGCGAAAGAAUUCAUCGUGACGAGCAGUGGCUACAAGCAAGUCUAGAUACAACAACAAAUACUGGGAGGCUAUGUAAGGACCUCCGGGGAUAUCCGGAAGUACUUCGACCACUGAUAUAUCCCUUCUUGGAAGCACGAAAGGUUUUGGAUCACAACUUCAAUAUCGCACAGAUACUACUUGCUAAGGUUGUCAGCGAACGGCGACGUGGUGACCAAAAUACGGAUAUCUUACAGUGGCUAAUCGAUAGCUACAAAGCAGCCGACAGCGAAGAACUGGACAUCCCUUUCCUAACUAACCAAAUUCUGUUUGUGGCCAUUGCGGCAACGCGAUCUACUGCGAGUUCAAUAGUGAACACUAUUUUUGACGCCAUAUCACACGUAGAAUACCAGGCCGAUCUUCGCCAGGAAAUCAGAAUGGCACUGGCCACACACGGUGGCUGGUGCCUUGGUGCUCUCGAAGAAAUGAAAAAGCUGGAUAGUUUUAUGAAAGAAUCCCAGAGGCUUAACCAGCAUAUCCUCCUCUCGUUUAAUCGCAAAGUGCGUCGUCAAAUUACCCUUUCGAACGGUGUCACGAUCCCGCCCGGGACUUUUAUUUCAACUCCGUCUUAUUGGGCGGCUAGGGAUCUUGACGGCAUAGCUACGGAUGGAGAGUCUUUUGAACCAUGGCGAUGGCUGAAUUUAAGGGAAGAAGCGGAACGGCAAGGCAAGAGCUCCGUUCCGUAUCUAUCCAGUACCCCAAGCUCUCAUGAUUUGCAUUGGGGGUAUGGGAGAAACGCUUGCCCUGGGCGUUUUAUGGCCUCCGCAGAAGUCAAGCUUAUACUGGCGUGGACACUUUGGCAUUUUGAUACCUCGUUUCCCAAGGGCCAGAAUACAAGACCUGAAAGUCAUUUCAUAGACGAGAGGAUUAUUCCUGACCCGAAGCAGAAGAUUGGCUUCCGGUUACGAUAA